UUUAUUUAUUUUAUUUUAUUUUUAUUUUUUCCCCCUUCUCCCAAUCUCUCGCCUUGUCUCGCCCAUCAAUCAAGCCAUCGCCUCCUGGCAGCGUCUCAUCUUGAAUCAUUCACACCAUCUCGUGCAUUCAUCCAAUUGUUACAUCCACUCGUUCCCAUUGCUAUUCGAUCCGUCCUAUCCGUAGCGUGCGCUCUCCACACCAGAUAGUCGACAUUCCAGGUUAAAGGCGCGAAUAAAGCGUCAGGCAACCAUGUCUAACCCUGCCCCAACCUCUACACCCGUCGAUUCGUCGACUACAGACGAUCAAGCAACUUCAACUGCUGACACCACUUCCUCCUCGUCUACACCGCCGCCAGCAACAGAAACUACCGAAACCACCUCUUCAUCAUCCGAACCACCGCCGCCAACUAGUACGUCGUCGUCGUCUUCGAGUGAGACUCCUACAUCUACACCUGAGCAGUCUACAACGUCCACGACUUCAACACCAGAGCCAACUAGCACCUCCUCUACUCCAACCCCGACACCCUCUGAAACCUCAACUAGUAGUGAACCUUCAUCAUCAACUGAGGAGCCAACUUCGAGUGACUCUUCAACCCCAACAUCUUCAACUACGGAUGCAGUUCCUACCUCGACAUCAGAAUCAUCCGACAAUGCCUCCACAGCAACAACUACUAUCACUUCAUUUGCUACUAAAAGCACCAGUGCCGGUGCCGGUGCCAGUGCUUCUCCAACCGGGACUGGCGCGCUCAACUCAGGAAGUGAUGGCCCCUCGAGCAGCUUAAACCAGUCGAGCAAGAUUGCUGUGGCCGUUGUCGUCCCCAUCGUCGGUGUAGCCUUGAUUGUUCUAGCAGGCUUGUUUUUCUGGAGAAGACGUAGUAAACAGCGUAGGGAUGCUGAGGAAGAGCGGAGGAAAGAAGUAGAGGACUAUGCUUACAACCCAAACAAUGACCCUACCCUGCCGAAUGUUGGCGGAGGUGCUUAUGAGAUGAAGGAAGAUGCGUCUUCUGGCUAUCGUGGCUGGGGAACAACCACGCUUGCGGGCUCUACAGGACGUAAGGGAUCAACUACCAUGUCUGGCGCAGGUGAACCUUUAAUGAGCGACGGAUCGCAUAGUCCCGAAGGCGAGAUCCUGGGUGCCAUGGGCCCUCCUUCAGCCGAGAACCGUGGCGCCAAUGUCCAUCGAGGCCCUUCGAACGCUUCAUCUUCGUAUAGCGCGGCGGGCAGAUCUGACGGCUCAGGCGAGAAUGGCCCGUACGGAGGUCCCGGAUAUUAUGACCAAUACGGUACCAGCAAUCCGUAUAGCGAUCCAUACUCUGACAACCCGAACGGCCCGGUGCAACCCGUCAUCCGUGACAACCCAGCUCGGCGAAAUACUCGCAUAGAGAAUUCGUCUCACUACCCCCAACAAAGUGCAGGCAUCUCUCAAAACUUCUAAUUCUGCACGCCGGCUAAAAUGCGUGAGGAAAGAGAAAUAACGCAGAAAACGAAAAGGAAGCCAAAAUGCAUAUAUUUCAUGUGUCAUAUAUUGAUACCCAACUUUCUACUUAAUACUUUGACAUAUUCAUGCCACUACUCUACGGAACAGCAUCAAGCGCUUUGA